ACGAGGGUGUCGGAGCGCAAUUAUUGCAUUAUCUCCACCCGCACCAGAUUACACUCUCCACACUUGAUAAAUUCACAUUCAAUUUCCGCGGCGCUUAAUCGACAAUAGAGUGAUCCUCGCUAACUGCCUAAACUUUGUAGCCAUGAAUCCCGAAUUAGUGAUCGAGUUUUUGGGGGGUGUGCCGCUGCUCCAGACGCUGCCGAGUUCGUCUCUGAGGAAGAUCGCCGAAGUAGUUUCUGUUAAGCGCUACGACCAAGGUGAUUAUAUAGUUCGUGAAGGAGAAGAGGCAGAUGGCAUUUAUUUUAUAUGGGAAGGAGAGGCUGAGGUCUGUGGGUCUUUUCAUUCUGAUGAUCAAAAUCACGCUGAAUAUCAUUUGAAGAAAUGCGACUUUUUUGGUCAUGGGAUGUCAUCAUCGACUCAGACAGCAGAUGUGCUUGCCUUGUCUAAGCUGACUUGCCUAGUCCUUCCUAAUGAUAAAAUGCAUAUGUUAAAAUCGAAAUCAAUUUGGAGUGAGGAUGACGCACAGGAGAAGCGCCCACUCAUUGAGAGAAUUCUACAACUGGAUCCUAUAGAGGUUAACAUUUUCCAAGGUAUUACUUUGCCUGAUGCACCAAAAUUUGGAAAAGUGUUUGGCGGGCAAUUUCUCGGACAGGCACUGGCUGCAGCCUGUAAAACCGUUGAUUGUUUAAAGAUUAUUCACAGUUUGCAUGCAUACUUCCUUCUUCUUGGAGAUUUUAAUAAACCAAUUAUAUAUGAAGUGCGUCGGGUACGUGAUGGGAAAAGCUUUGCGACCCGAAGGGUGGAUGCUAUACAAAGGGGGAAUGUCGUGUUUACAUUGAUGGCUUCUUUUCAGAAAGAGGAGUAUCAGUUUGUUCACCAGGUGGCAACGAUGCCUUCUGUGUCUGAUCCAGAAAAGCUUUUAUCCAUGGAAGAGUUACGUGACCAACGUCUUGUUGAUCCUCGGCUUCCAAGGACAUACCGGAACAAGGUUGCCACUACUGAUUUUUUGCCAUGGCCCAUCGAGAUUAGGUUCUGUGAGCCUAAUACUUCCACCAAUUACACAAAAUCUCCUCCAAGUUUAAGGUACUGGUUUAGAGCUAAAGGCACACUUUCUGAUGAUCAAGCUUUGCACAGAUGCGUGGUGGCUUAUGCUUCUGAUCUGAUUUUUCUCCAAGUGAGUUUAAACCCACAUCGUGAAAAGGGUUUGAAGUCAUCUUCUGUCAGCCUAGACCACUCGAUGUGGUUUCACAAGCCUUUGAGGGCUGACGAUUGGCUGCUAUAUGUGAUCGAUAGUCCAAAUGCUCACCGCGGUCGUGGAUUUGUUACCGGACAAAUGUUUUCCCGGACAGGAGAGCUAGUUGUUUCGUUGACGCAAGAGGGGUUAUUGAGGAGGGCCAGGGAACCAGCUCCAUCUUCCCAAUCCAAACUGUAAAAUUUCAUGGCAUAUAUCAAGUCUAUUUUGAAGCUGGCGCAUGUAGACAAAUGUGUUGUGGUAGAGAUAUAUAAAUGUGUAUUUAAUUUACUUCAAAUGUUUAGUUAUUCUCUCUCUAAAACAAUUCUCUGAGUGUUCCACACACACGACUAUAACAUAUAAAUUUGGUCUAUUAUAAGCUUCAUUGUUGUUUUAAAAA